AGUCUUUUUUUUUUUUUUUACUGUUUUAACUUGUCAAUUCCUUUUCUUUCACUAUUUUCAGUAGCUGUUUUGCUACAAUUGGUACCAGAGACAGGCUUUCCAGAGGCCUCAUUAUGGUUGAAACUAAAAAAGAAAGCAUCCCUAAUGAGGGAAAAGAAUGGAGAUGCUUGAGGCAAAGCAACAAAGAAUGAAUGUUGAAAACUUGAAGAAACAGGAUGAUAACACUCGUCGUCUUGAUAUUUUGUUGAGCCACAUGAAAUCUGAAAAGCGAUUAGAUGCAAUAACAUGGGGAAGAUCUCGAGCUGCCUUGGUUUACGGAAACUCUCCUAGCGAAAGAGGAGACUCAUCUGUGAGUGGCAAUUUCAGGCCAGUUUCUUCUCUGGUAACCCCUAUAUUUUUUAUGGCUAAUAGAGGUUGUGUUCGAGCUUUUGGUGGCUCACCAACUGUAUGUGAAUCGCUCAAAGUGCAGUUUUGCGCAGGACAAAGUGGAAUACCUGGGACAUGUAAUAAUGGGUGAGGGAGUGAGUACUGACAAAGCCAAGAUA